UUCAUGCUAAUGGUCAUUCUACCUACUUCUUCUAUUUCACUUUUAACGUCGUCAAAACUGCAAAAACUCUACCUUCUUCACAAUACUAUCAAAACGAACUUUAUUGUACCAACUCAGGAAACCACGUCCAACAUAAACUACAUAAACGAACAACACUCACGCGUUUUACAAGGCUGCGCUAAUCGUUUUGACUCAGAUGUAUGUAUUCUUUCUUGGAAUGACAGUGAAGAAGGACAGAGAGACAAGGGUUUAGUGAGUUGCGGAGUCAUUAGUAGUGCAUAAUUGGUUCAGGAGUAUAUAAAAAAGCUAUCAGUGCAGAGCAAUUGCCUGCCCACCCAAUAAUCCAAAAACCUGCGUGCAAUAUUUUGUCAACAAUGUCAUUCUGGGGAAUCUUUCUGCGCAGACAAUGUCAGUUCUUCUCCCUUUUAAAAUUGCAUCAGCUCAACAUGCAACCAAAGUGUCAAAGGAGAGGGUUCCAUGCAUCGACCGCUGUGAAGACUUAUGAUGUGAGGAAAGUGGAGUUAACGCCACUGGAGCAGAGGAAACUCACUUUUGACUCCCAUGCGCUUGUGACAGAGCUGGAAUCGAGCGGCUUUGAGAAGAGGCAGGCAGAAGUGAUCGUAACGGCGUUGGUGACUCUUACUACAGCCAACAUGGACAUUGUAUAUAGAGAUAUGGUCACAGGAGCCCAUCAGGAAAUAGCGCUUCAACAAAUCAUGGCUCAUCUAGACUCGAUUAGGAAAGACAUGGUUAUUCUGGAAAAGAGUGAAUUUGCCAACUUGCGUUCAGAAAAUGCUAAAAUGAAAACAGAACUGGAACAAAUAAAGAACAGACUACAGGAAGAAAGUCAAAAAAUCAGAGCAGAUGCAAAGUUAGAUAUUAAUCUGGAGCGAAGUAGAGUUACAGACAUGUUUACAGAACAAGAGAAGACACUUAUGGAAGUUAGGACAGAGUUCCAUAAAAAGAAUGCAGAACUGGAAAGUGAAGCAGUGGAAACCUCAAAGAAAAUAGACAUUCAAGUAGCCUCUUUGAAAACCCUCGUGGAAUCACUUAAACUGGAAACAAUUCGUUAUCUUGCAGCAUGCAUCUUCACCUGCUUGGCAAUUGCGUUGGGUUUCUAUCGCUUAUGGAAGUGAAUCUAAAAGAAAUAAAAAAAAAUAAAUAGAA